GCUCGCGUGGACAGUUCGCCUUCGCUUCGGUCGCUCGUUUGCUUUGCGCGACCAGCUCAAUUUGAAAAUAAAAUUUUGGCCAAUAACAAAAUUGGUUUUUUCAAUUUGCCAAGAAAACAGCCGCAUCGAGAAACCGAGAAACCGCAAAGAAAUGCGACGCGACACGCUGCCAACAAAUUAAAUAUAACCUAAAGAAUCAACUCGAAAAGUGCAACAUUCCCCCAUAAAUCAUAAGCAAGCGUUGCAGUUAAGUUACCGCUAAAUUCUACGAUCCAACUACCAAGCAAAAAACAAAAGAAAAAGAUCAACCAUCAACGUAGGCUAAGAAACAGAACGGAAAAUGCUCAUGCACACCACAUCAAUUUCCACAACGUCGACGGCCACCAUGACCAACUCAUCGUCCUCCGCCACGCCCACACCCGGCUCGACCUCCUCCAACAACAGUGCCACGCUCGACACGCUGCACCAGCAACAGCAACAACAGCAGCAGCAGCAGCAUCAGCUGCAACAACAACUGCAGCAGUUGCACACGAACGCCGCCAACAAUUCGCGGCCCCCCUCGCGGGCCCCCUCCAUCCUGGACAGUCCGACCCUGGCGCGCGUGGAGCGGGCUCGUCUGCGACUGGAGCAGCAGGAGCGGGAGCGGGAACGGGAGCGGAGCAGCCAGCGCGAGGUGGGCGGCGGCAGCGGAGGGGGCGGCGGUGGCAGCAGCACCGGCACCGGCAGCACUGCCACCACCAUGAAUCGUGAGGAUAGCCUGGAGCGCAGCAUUUUGGAUCCCAAGAAAGAAACGGCGCCCUGGCAUCAGAUGUGGACGCACAUGAAACGCCUCUCGCACGCCUCCAAAGUCAAUUCGACGAGCAGCCUGACCGCCCAGAAAACCGAUGUGGGCGUGGGCCAUCAUCCAAACAUGACACCAAAUGCAACAGCAACAACAACAAUGGCAACGGCAAUGGGAACAAUGACAUCAACGCCCGGAAAAUGCAUUCUAUUUCCGGAUAAGACGGCCUCCCUGAAAAGCUCUAUGUAUACGCAACAGGUGUACUUCAGGCCCGAUAUGGUGAGUUGCAACAAACAAACCAAUUGGCUGAAUUUCAAGCAAGACCAAUCCUUGCUGGCAGGACGCAUUCCGGUGGCCUCCAUGACAGGACCCAUUAAACGCGGACUGCUGUGGCAGCAAAGGGAUCGGCUCUUCUCGCGCUGGAAGGAGCGAUACUUUGUGCUCACUCGUGACUACUUGCACUGCUUCAAAAGAGCCUCGGGAUCGGCCAAUGAACGUGCCUCGGAUAUGGGACAGUUUAUCUUCAAGGUCAAGCUGGUGGACGUGGAGAAGGUGGAGUGGCUGAACCGGCGCUCCUACAGCGCCAUUGGACUGCUUCUGGGUCGCGAGGGUCGUGUUCUCCUCCGCUGCGAUGAUGGCCUCGAGGAUUGGUUCGAGCUGCUGGAGGAAUGCACCAUGACCUCCAAGGAGCGACGACGUGCCCUGAAGAUCGCCCAAGGACCCAGAUCCCGCGCCUCCUUGGCUGCGCCCGUUUCGCACGCCUCGCUGCAGUUCCAGCACUUUGGACUGGGAGGCACUUACUCCAGUGCGCUGGACGACUGGCUGAUGACCAAUGGCACUGGUGGUCUGGCCCGCCACAAGAUCGGAGCUGGCAGCCUGAACGGCUAUGGCGGUGCCAAUCCCUUCCUGUUCUCCGAUUCGGUGCCGGAUCUGAGUGCUCUGAACAACGAAAACCACAAUCAUCACCUGAGCGGCAUCAGCACGAAUCACUCAACGCCGCAGAAGAUCCCGCACCACAGCAAUGCGAAUCUCAGUCGCUACUCCAAUGGUUAUGUCUCGGCCCAGAACAGUUUCACCCAGGCCGGCGCACUCUACGGUUCGCCCAGGCGGAUCUUCAUCAACAGCAGCUUCGGUUCCAACCAGGUGGUGGACGAGGAGACCGAGGAGACGGAGGUUCAGCUGAGGAGACCCCGACUGUUCCGCGGAGUGAGCGCUACUCCGGAUAAUGGCAACGAACUGGACCGCGAUUGGCUGUACAGGAAGCCGAGGGCGCCCACUGAUAUGAGGCACUCAGUGCAACCAAUGCUGCCCACUGGCGGAGGCAGCAACAUGGGGCUGGCCAAAACCGAGCUGGACUGUUCGGCCCAUGAUAGUGGCCUGGACACGCCCCCCUCGACGCACCGCCCCUCGAGCUAUCGGGAGGCGAGCAGGGACAGCACGGAGACGAAUGGCAGCUCGUCGCGAGGCACGCUGCUGAACAACUCAUCAUCGCCAGGCGGCAGUUUUCGGGCGAAAAAGCUGAACGCCCAAGUGAGCAAUCUCAAUCAGCUGAACUCCCUGCACGGCUCGAGGUACUCGGUGCAGGAUCAGCGCAUCCUGAAGAUGCGCAACAACGAGGAGGAACGCUGCGCCUCCAUCAAGAUGGCCAAUCGCCUCAAUCAGAAUCCGGAGCCGGCCACCUACGAUCCCAACCAGAAUCGCUACUACAAAAACGGCAAUGCCACGCCCCCCACCUCACUGACGCCCCAGCACACGCCGCAGCACAAGCUGAUGAUGCUGCACCAUGGGAAUGGGAACGGCAACAUGGGCACCCUGAAUGGCAACACCAACGGCUCGGAUCGGAUGAACGGAUCGGCCAUUUUCCGGGAGCGUUACCAACAUCCCGCCCUGGCCGCCAUCAUCAACGAGGCGCAGGGCCUCAAGUUUCGAGAGCGUGCGUAUUCAGACAGUCAGCAGCGUCGCCUGAACAACAACAAUGGACCGACCCCCCAGCCAGCCUCGCCCCUCGCCCAGCGCCGGAAUAAUGCCGGACUUGGAUCCGGAGUCGGAUCAGGCGCUAUAUAUGGCACGCCCACGCGUGUAUAGCGCCUAAAGGUCUAAGGAUCUAGGGAUAAUCCAAAUCGAUGGAGUGCAGACUGCUCCCCCACUAGUUUAAUAAGGAUAUAAGCGCUAAAUUAGUCGACUUGCUAGAAAGUUUGGAAAUUAUUUGCAUAGAAAAUACUUCAACGAAGGUAGAGAAUAGUAACUAAAUCUUAACUGUGUAUGUAGUAGUACUCGUAGUGUGUGUGCUCCAAUGUCCAGCUUUAUGUAAAUGUUUAAAUAAAUAUACAUUAGUAAAAGGCAUCUUAAUAAAAGAUAA